AUGUUCAACAUUCUAGACACUCAGAGACUAGCACUGUCUUUUCAUGCAUUACAGACAGUCGUUUAUACUGCCAUUGUUGUGUUAGUUGCCACUACAUUCUUGUUUUGGGCAACUGGUCGUCCUACAAGUGCUCCUCCUGGUCCACAGCCAUGGCCUUUUUUUGGAAACAAGUGGAUUAUUGAUAGAUACAAGAACAAUCAGCAAUUUCAUAAACUGCAAACUUGGCUAACGACCAACUAUGGUCAGAUCACCAUGCUUUACUUUUAUUCAAAGCGCAUUGUGUUUGUUAGCAGCCCAUUAUAUGCCAAGCAAAUCUUGUCUAGUUCACUUUUUGUACAGGACGAAGAAUCUGUCAAGCUAUUCGAGGGAAUCGUCGAUAUACCUAGUCCUGAAGAUCGCAAACGGCAUUUGAGUACAGUCAAGCAGCUUUCAAUGGAGUUACUCCAUGCACGUAUUUUAGAUAUUACCAUGGAACGGACAUUUAGAGUAUUAAUAUCUUGGAAUGAAAAGAUUCGCAUUGAUUCAGAGAGGCUAGUGGUCGAUCUUGAUAAUGUGUGCAAGGCUAUUUCAUUGGAUAUUUGCGGGCUUGGUAUACUUUCAAUGGAUUUUGAUGCCGUUACGGGUCUCCGGAUUAAGCAAAUCACAUUGAGCGAAAUUGUGCUCAACAAAGUUGUUAGAUUUUUACACCAACGAGCCAACUUGGCACCUUUUGCAUGGGCAUAUAACAAAGUCGGUAUUACCUCGUCAGAUCUUGUUAGCGCUCGAACCCACUUUAAGAGUGUUUUGAAAAGCUUGAUUCGCGAGCAAUGUCAUCCCUAUGUCGAUGAUCCUUUGAGCUCUGUCAAUAUUAUCCGUACUCUGUUGAAAGACUAUGGCACUGAUUUGACACCUGAAAAUGAGCAAGCCAUUGGUGCUGAUGUGUAUCGAGGAAUGCUAUGGUCCAAUAUGUUUCUUUCUUCUGCGCUUUCAUUUGUAUUUUUCGAGCUAUUACAAAAUGAUGAUGUUCGUGAAAAAGCAACUCAAGAGAUUGAUCGUGUUUGGAAGGCUACACAUGGCAAAAUUCAGCUGGACACGCUAUCUCAGCUAUUAUACGUUGAAUGUGUUGUCAAGGAGUCGUUGCGAUUGCAUCCAGUAUGUGCAUACCUGGUUAAAGAGUCUAAAGAAUCGGUUAAAGUUGGAAACUAUUUGUUUCCUACCGCAACUCAGUUUCGAAUCUCUGUGAUUGAUUUGCAUCAAGAUCCUUUGAUCUGGAAUGACCCGUCCGCCUUUCUUCCACAACGAUGGGAGAAAACAGAUGCGAAUACUCUCCCGUUCUAUCCCUUUGGGGAUGAUCCUGAUCUGGUUGUGCAAAAACUGGCACUUGUUCCUAUAAAGGCUGCCGUCGCCGUGUUUUUACGUCAUAUCAGUUUUGAACAUGCCAAGAAAGACACUGCUGAUGAGGUACCGAGUGCUACCCAUGACAUAGAUGCUUCUGGUGCUGUUUGCAAAUUAUACGAUGAAAAUAGUUUACUCGAGUGUAUUGCGACUCAACGACCGCUUGAUUCAUUGCAAUAA